AUGCAGGCUGGUCAGCGCGACAUUUACUACCUCUGUGCUCCCAGUCGAGAACUUGCCGAGAGCUCCCCGUACUACGAAGCGUUCAAGGAGAAAUCGAGCGAGGUUUUGUUCUGUUUCGAUCCUGCGGACGAAGUGACGAUGUUGGCACUAAAUCAGUUCGAUCGGAAAUCUCUGACCUCAGUGGAAAAGUGUCUGAAGGAGGACAAAGGCGACGUUGAUGCGGAAAAAGGAGUUGAAGGCGGGCUGUCGUCCAGCGAAAUAAAAGAUCUGAUGAACUGGAUCAAAGAUUGUCUGGGAUCAAAGAAAGUUAAUGAAAUAAAGGCUACGCGCAAGCUUACCUCGUAUCCGUGUUUGAUUUCUGUACCUGACAUGAGCGCUGCUCGCAACUUCUUACGCAUUCAGUCCUUUGCUAACAAACUGACCACUGAUCAGCGAUACGUGAUUUUGAGGCCAACGCUGGAAAUCAAUCCUUCUCAUCCGAUUAUGAAAGAAAUUCAAAGUCUGCGGCAGACCGACAAUGAAUUGGCAGUCCAGAUAAUGGAGCAAGUUUACGAAAACGCGAUGGUUUCGGCUGGCCUGAUCGAUGACGUUCGUCCAAUGGUGACCAGGUUAAACGAUCUGAUCACAAAACUGAUGAUAAAAAGCGCCGAUGUUAAGAAAACAACGUCAUAAUU